AUAUCUCAAGAAUUGUAUUAAUCAAAAUAGCAAUGGCUCAGUCAAACACCACCACAACUACUCUCGUUGUCAAGUCUGAGGACCAGGAGGAAGUUCAAGAGGAGCACGUGCUUCGUCUCAGAGCACCACCGAGCCCACCGCACGUUACUUGGGCUGAAGGAGUUGUUGACAACGAACAUAUGGGUCGUCUGAAGUCCAACUGCUGCUGCAUCUACGUGGCACCACGUCAAUGGGAUGAUCCGUCCACUUGGGAGCCGAAUGAGUACGAGACGGAGCACUGCAGAGGGCACACGUUGCCGGAGAGAAAGAAGAAGAAGGAGGAUGGCGGAGAUGAAGGAGAUGAUGAGAAUAAGGAGAAUAAGGACAAUAAGGACAAUAAGGACAAUAAGGACAAUAAGGACAAUAACGGAUGUGGUUGUGAUCAUUGCUGAUGGAACUCCAAGCACAAGUCGUUCAAUUUGAAAAGUAUAAAUGUCUAGUUUCGUUAGCAUUUUUAUAUUCUAGCUAAUAAAGCAGAUGAUUUGAAA